AUGAUGUUCUCCCUACCAAUUUUAAUUGUAGUGGCCAAUCUCACUGAAACUAGUGCAGGAGUUUUAUCACAAUUACAAAACUUGCACUGCGCAACUGGACACAACAUGAACUUUCUAUUCAUUUCACUUCCAAACUCCGAUGAGACGAUAAUUCGACCCGAUGAGGCUUUAUGUGAUCUCCGAGGCACGGGGAUAAAACACCGCCAAAUUCCCGACUCUGGACUGUUCCUGGGACUUCCU